UCGAGAAAUUGUUAUCAACCUUGCGAACAUUGCGAACACUCGAUUGAACCGUGUGAUUCGUAUUUUAACAGCCCGAGAGCUGUUGAAAAAAAAUACAAAAAUGUGCUCUGUCAAAUUCUACAACCGAAAAAUGCGAUAAAGUCAAUUGAAUCUCCGCGUUAAGUUGGAUACUAGAUUGUAAAACUCAUUUUUUUCUGCACAAGUUUCUGCCCCAAAAUUUCCCGGAAACACCUUUCUUCAGUUCACAAUGACAACACCGAUGAGCGAAGAUGGAGGACCACUAAGAGAAUGGGCCCCGCUGACUAAUUUGCUCCAACAGAUACCCAUAAAAUUACAAAAUGGUUUAUUCACGCAAGAUAUAAGUUUCACAUGCAUUGACGCGUUAUCUGAAUUUCUGGCAGUCGGCACAAAUUGUGGUUUGAUUUACUGGUUUGACAGGCAAACAAGUCAUGUUCAGAGACUUCGAUGCGAAAAUACAAAUCUGAAUAUUACUUGCUUGAAAGUGAUAUCCACUGUAGAUUAUAUGGUAGCUGCUGGGACUGAUCAAGGUAUUGUUACAGUCUUCCAAAUACCAAAAGAUUUGCCUGCUUCGUUACCAGACAGUCUCAAACCAAAACAGAAAAAACAAGUAGAGAGAUACAACAUAACAGGUCUGCAUAGAAGCGCUGUAACCACAGUCGAAUGGUCAAAAAAUGGAAUGAAACUGUUCAGCGGAGACCAAGAAGGUUCUGUUGUACUGACCGAAAUUGAUUUUUACAUGCAUUUGUCAAAAUCUUCAGAAUUGCUGAAUGAAAAAUAUGCAGUUGUACAGUUGAGUUAUCAGCAAGGAUUUCUAUUGGUAUCGACUCUUUACCGUACGAUUCUCGUACACGGUAAUCAAAACAACAAAGUUUCACAAGUUGGUCAAAAAGAGAGAAAGACUCUAGGAAAAUUAGGUGCCGUUUUCGGAUGUCGACAUGGUCACGUGCAGGAACCUUUGGUCUAUGCAAGCAGACCGGGUUUAAGAAUAUGGCAGGCUGACAAAAACGGAACGGUUCAAAAGACUCUUAUAUUUAAGGAAGCUGUUCGGUGCGCCAGUACAGAAGUAGUAUUGCUCAAUCCGGCCCCUGAAAGUGUGCGAAAAAAUCGUGGGGAACCAACGUUCGGUGUACUUUUACCGUUUUGUGACGAUUUACUCGUAACGUACAGUGAUCAAAUUAUUUACGUCGUAAAUCCCACAACGAUAGCCAUAACAUCCGUCGUGUCGGACCUGCGCCGGGUAAUCGACGUUGCUUGUACCAAGGACGAGAUAUUUGUUCUGGAAGGGGAAAGAAACAUAAUAAGGAUAGCUUAUCAUCCGGAUGCGAGUUGUACCGAACCCGAAGAACCCCGGGAUCCUCUCGCAUCUUUGGCUGAAAUGAGCAAACCCGUCACCGCUGGAAUUCUCGGGUUGACCUCGAAACUCAAGGAUAAUUCAAUCGUCCCGGCUAUACCGUUUUACAAGAUUAAUCCGAGCAAUAUUAUGCAAGCAAUGGGAGGUUCGCCUUCGGGGGGAGCGAUCUACGCAAACGACAUCGUACACGCCGAGGAAGCGACGGAAGUGUCACCAAUCGUGUCGAUAUAUCUCGACACGGAGCUCAUUAGCGAUUCAAACGUAAAACCGAACGUAAACGAAAAUUCCAGUAACGACAGAAGGGAGAUAUUUAAAAAAAUCAGUCAACAAGAUUUCGAAGACAUUGUUUUUACGCCGGAGAGAAGAUCGAAAAAAUCAGGUGUAAAAAAUAAUGGCAAACCUAAAAACACUGGCAAUAACGAGGACAGCUCGAUGGUAGUGGAGAAAACCAUGAUGAAUGAUGUCGAGGAAAAAACGACGUAUGCCUCGUUGCUGACUUUAAGUAUCGACGACGAUUCUAUACUGAGAACAGAAAGAAAUCUUGAGAGUUUACAAAAAGAUGUCGAAAACAAGGAAAAAUUGUUGGCGGAUGUACUCAACUUUGAUCUAUCAGAAUUCAUGACUAACAGCCAGAUUCACUCAUCAAACGCUGCAGCUAACAAUUCAUUGAAUUCUAUAACUUAUCUGAACUGUGAAGUACCAACGAAUAAUAGAAUAGAAGAAGUGAAAAUUGACGAGAGUAACGAAAGCCAACAAACCGAAGACGAUUCUGCUGAUGAGGACGAGAGUUACAGAGUAGAACUGAAAAAAUUGCAAGAGUUGGGUGAAUGCAGUAAACGAUUGUUGCAGAGAAAAGCGAGUUCAGAAAUUGGAGCCAUGAGAAAUAAUAUUAUCGGAAAUCCUCAUCAGGCACGAACAACGGAUAUCGAUCCACAAGAAUUGGAACGGCAUUUCAACAUUCUCUCAAAAGAAUUCGUUACUUCCGCGAGUUCAAUCAACACAGGAUACGAAGAAAUAGAAGAUUGGGUCGUUGUUCCCUCUAUUCCCUAAAAAGAUAUCGAAUCUCAAAAAAAAUUAAUAAUCGAUCAAGUAUUUUUAUUUACAGUAUUUUUAUGUCACGAUGAACCGUGAGUAUCGAACCGAUUAAUCAUUCAGCAUAAUUGAUCAAGUAUUAUUUGUACUUUGUAGGAUAACAAUAUCGACGAAUAUUCUCCUAUGAGAUAUAAGUAAUUUUUUAAUUUUAUUUUUUCGGAUAUUAAUACGACUAUGGAAAUUAACUUUUGAAGAAAUUUCCUUGAAGAAAUCGAACCUUGUGCUAGUCUCACAUUUAUAUCUCAAUUAUGUUCAUGUGCGUUAUCAUUGUGAUUUUCAACACUGUGUUUUGUUUUAGAACAGCACGAUAAAAUGUAUUUUUAAAAUCUU